UCAGCAAACUCUAAUCCUACACAAUUAUAAGAUAUAAUCUACGGUUACUAUUGAUUGUAAAUCUAAUGUCAACAUUACCUAUAUAAUUGUUCACCAAGGGUAAUUUAGAGAUCUAAAUAAGCUGCCCAAAUAAUAAGGAUUGUAGUUGUGAUUAUAAUCCCGUAGGUCACGCCACAUCACCAUUCACUCCUAAUUGACUUUCUUCUCGCCCCCUUUCCUCUACCCGUAGCUCUCGUCGGUUUUCAAUUCUCGAUUGCCGAACUUCAAGGAUCCCAGCCCACCUGAAUUCGUCGUCAGCGUUGACGCGGCAACAGCUCCGGUGACAUGAGUUCUACAAGGCGAGCGGGUCAAGCGGCAGGAGAGUCUUCUGGGGCGAAACGUCUACGAAAAGGGAAAUCUGUAGACGAUGGGGAGUCGAAUGGGAAGAGGACAAGGCUGACAGCAAGCCUUCAACAACUGCCGUCGGCUUCCCUGUACCAGUCAAGAGACCUCAACUGAGGAUCAAGAGGACCACUCGUUUUUUCCAGCGCAUCCUGAAGUCGUUGAACGAAAGGCAGAAGACUGCUGUUAGGCAGCUAGGCUUCGGUGGACUACUCGACUAUGAUGUGGCAUCUGUGCCUGGAACAUUAGCGUAUUGGCUAUUAGAGCAUUUUGACCACCGACGGUGCAGUCUUAUGCUUCCUAAUGGUGUUGAGGUAGCUGUUGACACGAAGGACGUUGAGCUAAUCUUUGGUUUCCCAAAUGGUGGGAUUACAAUUGAUCGAUGCGACAGAAAUACCGGCAUGAAAUACCUGGAAACCGUUCCACUUGAUGAGGAGGCUGAUGCGAAUGCUAUGCAGACCAAGGUCCUAGAGACGAAGGUGUUACAAGAAACUGGGGGGGGCGCUCUUUUCAAGAAAAUAUUCCUGUUACUGCUGGAAACGGCUCUCAUUGAGACCUCCCCUUGUGGCUAUGUGAGACCCCGGAUUGUUGACAUUCUCGGAGAUCUACAGAAGGUAAAGAAGCACAAUUGGUGUAAAUAUUUGCUAGACAAUCUGUUGAGGACGCACGAGCUAUGGAAGAAUAACAGAUCGAAGGUUUUCAGCGGGCCAGUUGUUUUCCUAGUGUCCUUCUACGUCGAUCGAGUAGUGCAUCGCAGGAGGUGUGUGGCCCGUGCCAUUCCUAGAAUAAAGGGGUGGACAGCCGAACUAUUGAAAGAGAGAGAGGAAGAUGAAAUGAAAGAAGCUGAUUUUGGGCUUGGACGAGUGACGUUACGGCUGGAUGAGAAUGAAAUGGGUUGUACAGAAAUGACUACAGAAGUGCAAAGGCCAGCUGAUGAAGAUGUUGCUGAUGCGCAAGAAACUGAAGACUUUAUUGAACCGCCACCCACUAACCAUGGUGAACCGUGGUCCACUGAAGAUGUUGUCGAAGAGAUAUAUACGUCGGAUGAAGUGGUGUAUAUGAGGGGUGUUUGGGGGGCAACCAAGCACAUAGGCGAUGGUUUGAAGAUGCUUGCCAAGGAGUUGAAUAAAGCUCCGCCGGAAAUCAGGAAGAGGGACAGCUUUAGAAUAACCUGUGACACUCUCCGGAGGGCUUUUAGGUUGGACGAUAAGGACUUUGACCCUGUGGAGUCAAUGACGCAGUCACAGACCGCGAAUUAUAGUGCAGCUGAAGACUGGUCAGAGUCCUUGAAAUCUCUGUUGGACGCGGCUGAUAAAAUGGAUAUUCUAGAAAACAAGGACGAUUACCCCAGCUUCAGCCUUGGAUUCGAUACCAGCCAGGAUGAUGGCGCUAGACAACCUGAAACAGACCCUCAACCUGAGGCAGACAGUGCAGCUCGUUAUGAAGAGGGAGAUGCGUCGGAGUACGAGCUUAGGGAACCAGCUGACCUUUUUUUCAGUGGGGAUGAUAUGGUAUCCCAGGAAGGGGAUAGAGAUAACACUGCUGAUUUUGGAGGUUGCGGACUGGAUUUGGUUGAUGCCGGUGACAUUGGAAGAGAGUUUGCAGACAAAGAGCCUGUGGCUAGUGUGCAAGUUGGAACGUUUGUGAAUGAGGAGAAUGCAAUCGAAGUGGCUAGUGCUAAUGCGCGUGAUGUUGCGUCGGAGCACGACGCCGUAGACAUAGCUGUUUGCUCUGCCGUGGAAGCAGUCCUGGAGUUAGGUGAUGCCGCUUUCGAAACACAAGUAGAUACGGUGGGUGCUGAAGCAUCUAUAUUACCUGUACGUCGAGAUGCAGAGAUGAAUCGUGCACAGAGCACGUAUGCUGAAAUUCAACCUGCUCCAGCAAGGAGACUCAGACUCCCUACCAGGAGAAGAGAGGGUGCAGACUCAAAGCGUAUCAGCCCAACAUGGACUCAAGAAGAGAUGGAUUGUUACCAGUUCCUUCUUGCGACGCCCUACAUGUGGACGGAUCAUGUGAUUUACGCUGACGAGGUUGUGGAAGUUACUAAAAAGAAGUUUAGCUCGUUGAAGCCACAUGAGGCUGUACACGCUGAAGUUAUCGAUGUUUGGGCUUCUUAUCUGAAUGGCGUGGGGGUGCAUAAACCAACACAGAAGCCCAGAAGAUUGUUUGUCACUACGGCUGCGACAACAUACAAUGUGGUUGAACGGAGCUCUAGUUGGGAAAAAUCAGAUGCCGAAUUAACAUUCUGUGAUGAAAUAGAAGGGCAAUUCAACGGUGCUGGAACUUUUGACAUUACACGUUAUGAUUUGAUUUUUUUCCCUAUAUAUUCACAGAGACAUUACUAUUUGGUGUGCUUCUCAUUGAAGACUGGGGUUGCGGAUGUUCUAGACCAUGUUGUGCCCGAGAACGGUACUCCAGAUCGGGCCAAAUAUGGGAUUGACCUGGACCUGCUUAGGGAUUGUCUUGCUUUUUAUCUCAAGUCAAAGGGAUUCAACAAACUGGAUGAGCUCAUAAUCAAGGAGCGUAGCAUCCGCUUGCUGGAAUUGCCAUGGAAAACAACUCAAGCCACUAAUGAUUCGGGGGUUUUCCUGAUGCGCCACAUGGAGACGUACUUGGGAAACCCGGCCAAUUUAAUGACAAUGGGUCUUCAAGGAGUUAGUGUGAGGCUUCUGCAAGUUUUGAGGGGGAGAUAUUGCAAGGACAUGCUCCUUGCACCGUUCAACGAUUGCAGACACAGUUUCUCGUCUUACAUUAGUCAUUACAUCAACGUGACUCCCAACUUCCGGACAGAUUAUGCGAGGCAAGUUAAUGGAAUGUUGAACAUGGCGCCACUCAACGAGCAAUCCAACCAGCCAGCAAGGAAGAAAAGCAAGGCAACUUGAGUAGAUUUGGAAUUCCCUUGUUGCUGUUUUAAUGAUACUUGCU